AUGUCUGAAAGUUCAACUGCAAUCGUGAUGCCUCCUCCAUACAUGGAUCCAGGAAACUCUCAAGUCAAGAAACAGAAUCAAAGAUUCCGUCAAGAGUCGAUUAGAAAGAUGACGGUCUGCGAGCACUGUGGAGCUCUUCCACGUGCUCAAGUGAGAAACUUGCCAUCUGAAUCAGUAUUUGUUUGGCCAGCAGCCCGACCGGACAAUUCGAUUCGACAGGAUUCUCGACAAUUCAUCGGAUAUGUGAUUAUUAUUGCUCUCGUCAUCUUUGGACUUUUCGCUGCUUGCAAGUACCUACCGUAA